AUGUCUGGGAUUAGAGGAUGGAGGGAAGACAGCAGGUACAGGACAGCUGCUGCCUCCAGUACUCCAUUUUCCUCUCAGGAUUACUCCUGGGAUGGCAAGAACAAAACAGAGAAGGAUGAAAACACCCAGAAGCUUACAACAUCUGAAGAGGAGCAUAGCAGCCAAGCGUCAGUCUACCAACAACAAGAGCAACAUGUCGGGCCGUACAUCCUCGUAACUCCAAAUGAAACCAGAAGAAAACAGUUGCAGCAAGUUGCUAAGAAAGAGCUAGAUGACCUGGAGCAGUGGAAGGAAGAGCACAGACUAGGGCGAAUUCAAUUGAUUCCACAGAAACUUGGUGGAAAGGAAUCAGAGGCUCAAGCAAGACAAAAACAGCAAAUGAUGCUCAUGCAAUCUAAAUACCAGCAAAAGCACAAGAGAGAAGAAUAUGUCAAAGCAAAAAAGGCAGCUGAAGAAGAUGAAAUCCUGAAAAAGAAGGCACUUCAGAGAGAAAAGGCAGAGAGACUUGAAGUUAAGAAAAGACAACAAGAAAUGCAAAGAAGAGAGACAUUCCUUAAAGAUCAAUAUUACAAAACCAAUGAAUUAUUGAACAGAUUGGAUGUGGGUUUGCCAAAGAGUGAUUCCUGUCAGAUUGCUAAUCCUGGCCCAGAAUCUACAGCAUGGACAAGAAGCCGUGCUUAUAAGCAAGCUUUUCGAGAGGACGAAACCAAAAGAUUAGAGGAAAUGAAGCAAGAGCAACGGAAGAAGGCUGAAUUAAUGGAAUUUAAACAAAAGCAGGAAGAGGAAGCCAGGACAAGAGCACACCAACAUGAACAGAGGAGGGUAAAUAAUGCUUUCCUGGACCGACUCCAGAACAAAACACAACCUAAUAACAUCUACCAACCUGGAUAUACUGGACUACCCCAUUAAUGGCACCUGGGAGUCAAACUGCUUGGAAUGAAGGAGGAGAAAG